CGUUCAGAGAGAGAACACCUGAGUGAAACAACGCAGGGAAUUCCACACAAUAAAAAUGACUUCAGGUCAAGCAGGUGAUCUAAGGAUUUUGCUCCUGGGUGAAACUGGAGUAGGAAAAAGCACAACUGGAAACACCAUCCUGGGCAGGAAUGCAUUUAAAGAGGCCAGUAAAAUGUGUGAGAGACAGGGAAGAGUUUUGGAUGGGAAGACCAUUACUGUAAUCGACACUCCAGGACUGUUCAAUACGUCUAUCACAGAAGAGCAAGUGAAGGCUGAAAUAGAGAUGUGUGUAGAGAUGUCUGCUCCUGGUCCUCAUGUGUUCCUGCUGGUGUUCAAACUGGGAGUGAGAUUCACACAAGAGGAGAAGAACUCAGUGCAAUGGAUCCAGGAGAACUUCGGAAAAGAGGCUUUGCUUCGUACCAUCAUUCUGUUUACUCACACUGAUCUGCUGAAGGGUAAAUCUUUGGAGGAGUACAUCACGGAAAGCCACAAUUUACCGAGAAUAGUUGAAAGUUGUGGUGGCAGAUAUCACUCAUUCAACAAUGAAGAUAGAAACAAUCAACAGCAGGUUACAGAACUGCUGCAAAAGAUGAAUGCAUUGAGGAGGCAGCAUGGAAUGAGGCAUUACACACCUGAGAUGUUUUACACAACUCAAACAGAAAUGACUGGGAAGGACAGAAUGAAUCUGUUAAACACUACGCAUGUUUUGAGCGUUAUCAUAUUGAUAGUUGCUGUUUUUCUAGGAACACAGCAGUGGAAAAACAGGCACCUAAACGAGGAGCAGAAACUGAAAAAUGACAUCCAACAGAUAGAAGUGGAGGUGGAGCAACUGAAAAUGGAGCUCCGAGAGAAUGAGCAGAGAGAGAAGCUUCUAAAAACAGGCCUUGAAGAGAAGGAAGAGGAGGAGCAGCAACUGAAAAAUGAGCUCCUGCUGAAGAAACAGGAGGAGGAGCAGCUGAAAAAUGAGCUCCUGCUGAAGGAAAGGGAAACACAACUGAAAAAGCAGUUCUUAGCAAAUGAGCAGAGAGAGCAUCUUCUAAAAGCAGACCUCCUAAAGAAGGAAGAGGAAGAGCAGCAAUUGAAAAAGGAACUGCAAGAGAAGGAACAAGAGGAGAAACAGCUGAGAAAUGAGCUUCUAAUGAAAGAAAAGGAACAUCAGAAGGAACAGGAGUUGUGGAAGCUAAAAAAGGAGCUCCUAAAGAAAAAACAGAAUAAGCAUCAGCUAGAAGAGGAGCUCUUACAGAAGGAACAGGAGAAGUUCCAGUUUUUCCAACAGAAGGAACAGGAGAAGCAUCAGCUAAAAAAGGAGUUCUUAGAGAAGGAACAGGAGGAGCAUCAGCUAGAAGAUAAGCUCUUACAGAAGGAACAGGAGAAGCAUCAGCUAGAAGAUAAGCUCUUACUGAAGGAACAGGAGAAGGAUCAGCUAAAAAAGGAGCUCUUACAGAAGGAACAGGAGAAGCAUCAGCUAGAAGAUAAGCUCUUACUGAAGGAACAGGAGAAGCAUCAGCUAAAAAAGGAGCUCUUACAGAAGGAACAGGAGAAGCAUCAGCUAGAAGAUAAGCUCUUACAGAAGGAACAGGAGAAGCAUCAGCUAGAAGAUAAGCUCUUACUGAAGGAACAGGAGAAGGAUCAGCUAAAAAAGGAGCUCUUACAGAAGGAACAGGAGAAGCAUCAGCUAGAAGAUAAGCUCUUACUGAAGGAACAGGAGAAGGAUCAGCUAAAAAAGGAGCUCUUACAGAAGGAACAUGAGAAGCAUCAGCUAGAAGAUAAGCUCUUACAGAAGGAACAGGAGAAGCAUCAGCUGGAAAAGGGUCGCCCAGAGAUUGAGCAAAAGAAUCAGCAGUUGAAAAAUGAUCUUCUACAUAAGGAAAAUGAAAAGCAGCAGCUGGCUAAAAAGCUCCUACAGUAAAAUCAGAAAGAAGCAGCAGGAGCAUCAGGAGGAACAACUAAAGCAUGAGUUGCUAAAGUAAUAGGAGGAACAGUAGCAGCAACAGGGAGAUCUACAGAAAAGAGUAGCAUUAGCAGAGGACGUGUAAUAUCAGCACUGAAAUAAGUAUGAUGGUAACUUAUAAGG